UAAAGUAAUGAAAUCAUUAAUUACAAAGCCUCAUUUUUAGGGAAUACAUAAUCAAAAUUAAAUCAUAUUUAUUUGGGCAAUCAUAUAUUUCUAUGCUAUAUUCAGUUUAAAAUUCAUGUAUUGAAGGACAACAUCCUUUAUCACAAGUUCAACCAAUUAGAAUAAGCAAAUCUAGAAUCUUGUUAGCAGUAUUAAUAUUUAUUAGGUAGAUUCUUAUAUCUAUAUCAACCGCUUUUCUAUUUGCCUUGGCCUUGAAAUACUUCAAAAAGCUAUACCAAAUAUUUUUAUUCAUAGAAUGCUAAGACGAAACUAUUGCAACUCAUUAUAGAAUAAUAGCCUCAUCAGGUGGAGAAUUUAUUUGCAAAAAAAAAAUGUUGUUUGGGAAACCUUAUUUUGUAUUUAAGUAUAUCAAAUUUAAAUAUGAUAGAAUGCUUAAAUACUCUUUAAAUGCUUAAACUUAACUUUAUUAACCUCUAGAAUUCGAAAAAAAAGGUAAAACUUUGGUAGAGAUACUUAAUAUAAAUCAAACAUUAACAAAAAAUUAAAAGAUUAAAUAUUUUGGAACAUGUUAACUUAAAAUACCAAUAGAAUCAAUAUUUAUAUAUUCAUUAAAUGCAUUUACAGGUCCAUUUAAUAUUUUACAAUAUUUUGCUGUUGCAAUAUGGUUUGCUGAAAAAACUGUCCUACAACCAAUUCUAAUAUUAAUUUUUACAGUUAUAACAGUCUAUUUGAAUUACUUUUUAUAUGUUAGAUCAAGAAGAAGAUUACAAUAAUUAGCUAAUAUUCAUUAAGAAGUAGCAAUUAAAGAAGCUGAAUAAUAUAAAAUUGUCAAAGGAUCUGAUCUUGUUCCAGGAGAUCUUUUCAUACUUAAAGAGAAUCAAACAUUAAAUUGUGAUUGUGUUAUAAUUUCUGGUGAUGUUAUAGUUAACGAAGCCACUUUAACAGGUGAGAGCAUACCAAUUCCAAAAAGUGCAUUGCCAAAUUAGAAUUCUAUAUUUGAAUUAGAUAAAAUGAGUUAACAUUGUUUAUUUGAAGGUACUCAAUUGAUUCAAGUAAAUACCACUUCAGAAAAUGUGGCUAUUGUACUUAGAACAGGUUUUACAUCAUUAAGAGGAUAAUAUUUUAGAAAUGUACUUUUUCCUGAACCUCCAUCAAUAAGAUUUUAUAUUUAAGCAGCCAAAUUCAUAGUUGAAAUAGCUUUCUUCACAACUAUGAUUUAUGGAUUACUAUUGAUUAAAUAUGUUCCUAUGGAAUUCUAAACAAGUAUUUUAGUAUUAAGAUUUUUGGAUAAUAUAGUUUGGUCAAUUCCACCAUCAAUGCCUAUUUUCUUUUAAAUUUGUAAAACAGCAAGUUUGGUUAGACUAGAAGCUAAAGGUGUAAUUGGAAAUAAUGCAGAUAAAGUAGAAUCAGCAGGAAGAAUUGAUACUUGUUGCUUUGAUAAAACUGGAACUCUAACAACACUUGGAUUUAAAGCAAUAAAAGCAUUACCUGGAGAAGAAAAGCCAAUUUUGGAUGCUAUAAUGGGUUGUUGUCAUCAUUUAAUUAAGUUGAAUGGAUAAUUAUUAGGAGAUCCUUUGGAAAUUGAAAUGCUCAAUUUUGUUGGCUGGUAAUGUAAUUUCAACAAUAAUCCUCUAACUAUUGAAGGAAAUGGAAUGACAUAUACUGUUCAUAAAGUAUUUGAUUUUAGUUCAUAAAAAUCAAUGAUGAGUGUUAUAGUAACAGAUGGAUCUAAAUAUUAUUUAUAUGCAAAAGGUUCUCCAGAAGCGAUUGAUUCUAUUUCUGUAAAAAAAAGAGAUGAUUUAAUUGAUGAAUUCAAUUAGAAUGCUAUUAAAGGUUAUAGGGUUUUAGGUUUAGCAUAUAAAGAAUUAUAAUUAAAUUAAAUUGAUUUAUAAAGAGAAUAGAUAGAAUAAUAAUUAAAUUUUGUUGGCCUAUUAGUUUUGGAAAAUCCAUUAAAAUCAGAUACAAAUCAAAUUAUUACUACUUUAAAAGAAACAGGAUUAGAUAUUAAAGUAAUUUCUGGAGAUAAUCCUUUGACAACAAUAUAAUGUGCUAAAUUAGCUGGUAUUUUAAAUUAAGAUAAUGAAAUUACCUAUUUGGAUUACAAUCAAUAAAAUUUAGAGAUAAUUCUAUAAUGCAAUAAUAAUCAAUACAUAAUUAAGGAUCAAUAAACAGAUAGUGCUUAAGAGUUAGAGCAAUUUGUAAAUAACUAUGAAGAAUUAGCUUUAACCGGCAAAUUUUUAGAAUAUAUAUUUAAUAAAGGCAAUUUCCUAAUUGAAGCGAAGAAUUCUGCAUAUGCUUUGGCAAAAUCUUAAAGCAAAGAAAAGAUAUUUAGUGAAAUAAAUAUAAUUGAUAUUGAUGAUGGAUCAUUUGGAUAAUUAGCAAUUUAAAUAAUAAAAAAAACAAAAGUUUUUGCUAGAUAAAAACCAGAAUAAAAGAAACUUAUAAUUCAAAUGAUUUAAAGUCUUGGAAGAUAAGUUUUAAUGUGUGGAGAUGGAGCAAAUGAUUGUGUAAUUAUUUUUCAUUAAAUAUUAUUAGUCAGCUAUUUCAUAAGCUUAAGUAGGAAUAUCAUUUAGUGAAGCUGAUGCAUCAUAUACAGCUCCUUUUAGUAGUAAAUCUACUUCAUUAGAUUGUGUGGUUAAGGUACUAUUAUAAGGUAAAGCAGCUACAAUGACCAUUAUUGAAGUUUUCUAAUAUUAAAUUAGUGUUAAUACAUUAAAAUUCAUAGCUGUUUUAUUUACAUUUUUAGAAGCUGAAACAUUUGCAGAUUUUUAGUUCACUUAUACAAGUAUUAUUUCAAACAUUCCAUUACUGAUAUUUUUAUGUCUGUCUGGUCCAUCUGAUACUUUAGCUAAAUAUAAUCCUUUAGAUGAUUAAUUUGCCAUUUAUAAUUAAAUUUAAAUUUAUAACAAUUUAAUUUGGGGAUCAGCUGGGUAUUAUAAUAUAUUCAUUAUUAGAUUAAUAAUUAAUUUUUUUAUAUCAUAAGCAGUCAGAGAUGUACAUACAUGUGAGUUUAAUGAACCUAUUACAAAUUGUAUACCAAAACCAAUUGAAGAAUUAAAAAAAACAGGAGAUAUUUAAUCUGUUAUGUUUAUGAGUUUAAUGUUCUUCUUUAUGACAUUUGCAAUCAAUCUUUAUAUCUCAAAUCCAUUCAAAUAAAGAUAUUAUAGAAACUAUUUAUUACUCUUAUGGACGAUAUUAGGAUUCAUCUUAUUUUUUGUUUCAGCUAUAUUCCCAACUGGUGGAAAAUGGGCUAAAUUAAUUAAUGUUAAUAAUAAUGCGUAUCAUUUUUUAAUUAUUUUUUAGUUUUAAAGGAUAUAAUUGGAUAAUGAUAGCUGUUGUUGUAAUUGCCUCCUUUUUUGGAUUUAUUACUUAGGCUUUAUUACAAAAAUAUCUUCCUUCAAAAAAGAAGAUAGAAUUUUGA